CGCCCCGAGAGGCUGGGAGCCCGGGUGCCAGCCGCCACGGCGCAUGCUCCGGAAUCUCAUCCUCCGGCCCCGGAGCUGCCGCUGCUGCUGCUGCUUUUGCUUUUGGGGCUGAGUUUAAUAACCCAGCGAGCGAGCGAACGCGGGGGGAAAAAGGCAGAGAAUGUCCGCCAUCUACCCUCUGCUCCUGGGCGCGCUCUCAUUCAUAGCAGCCUCUUCAUGAAUUACAGCUGAGGGGGGCGGGGAGGGGGGUACCUCACAACACCCCAGCAAACCUCCGAGCCCCCAGGCAUGGCUAGCUCGUGUGCCGUGCAGGUGAAGCUCGAGCUGGGGCACCGCGCCCAGGUGAGGAAAAAACCCACCGUGGAGGGCUUCACCCACGACUGGAUGGUGUUCGUGCGCGGCCCGGAGCACAGUAACAUCCAGCACUUUGUGGAGAAAGUCGUCUUCCACUUGCACGAAAGCUUCCCUAGGCCAAAAAGAGUGUGCAAAGAUCCACCUUACAAAGUAGAAGAAUCUGGGUAUGCUGGUUUCAUUUUGCCAAUUGAGGUUUAUUUUAAAAACAAGGAAGAACCUAAGAAAGUCCGCUUUGAUUAUGACCUGUUCCUGCAUCUUGAAGGCCAUCCCCCAGUGAACCACCUCCGCUGUGAAAAGCUGACUUUCAACAACCCCACAGAAGACUUUAGAAGAAAGUUGCUGAAGGCAGGAGGGGACCCUAACAGGAGUGUUCAUACCAGCAGCAGCAGCAGCAGCAGCAGCUGUAGCAGCAGCAGCAGUAGCAGCAGCAGCAGCAGCAGCUGUAGCAGCAGCAGCAGCAGCAGUAGCAGCAGCAGCAGCAGUAGCAGCAGCAGCAGCAGCAGCACCAGUUUUUCAAAGCCUCACAAAUUAAUGAAGGAGCACAAGGAAAAACCUUCUAAAGACUCCAGAGAACAUAAAAGUGCCUUCAAAGAACCUUCCAGGGAUCACAACAAAUCUUCCAAAGAAUCCUCUAAGAAACCCAAAGAAAAUAAACCACUGAAAGAAGAAAAAAUCGUUCCUAAGAUGGCCUUCAAGGAACCGAAACCCAUGUCAAAAGAGCCAAAACCAGACAGUAACUUACUCACUAUCACCAGUGGACAGCAAGAUAAGAAGGCUCCUAGUAAAAGGCCCCCCAUUUCAGAUUCUGAAGAACUCUCAGCCAAAAAAAGGAAAAAGAGUAGCUCAGAGGCUCUAUUUAAAAGUUUUUCUAGCGCGCCACCACUGAUACUCACUUGUUCUGCUGACAAAAAACAGAUAAAAGACAAAUCUCAUGUCAAGAUGGGAAAAGUCAAAAUUGAGAGUGAGACGUCAGAGAAGAAGAAAUCAACUUUACCGCCGUUUGAUGAUAUCGUGGACCCCAAUGAUUCUGAUGCGGAGGAGAAUAUGUCCUCUAAAUCUGAUUCUGAACAGCCCAGUCCUGCCAGUUCCAGCUCCAGCUCCAGCUCCAGCUUCACACCGUCCCAGACGAGGCAACAAGGUCCUUUAAGGUCUAUAAUGAAAGAUCUGCAUUCCGACGACAAUGAGGAGGAAUCAGAUGAGGCAGAGGAUAAUGACAACGACUCCGAAAUGGAAAGACCUGUAAAUAGAGGAGGCAGCCGAAGUCGCAGAGUUAGCUUAAGCGAUGGCAGCGAUAGUGAGAGCAGUUCUGCUUCUUCGCCCCUACACCACGAACCCCCGCCACCUUUAUUAAAAACCAACAACAACCAGAUUCUUGAAGUGAAAAGUCCAAUAAAGCAAAGCAAAUCAGAUAAGCAGAUAAAGAAUGGCGAAUGUGACAAGGCAUACCUAGAUGAGCUGGUAGAGCUUCACAGAAGGUUAAUGACGUUGAGGGAAAGACACAUUCUGCAGCAGAUUGUGAACCUUAUAGAAGAAACUGGACACUUUCACAUCACAAACACAACAUUUGAUUUUGACCUUUGCUCGCUGGACAAAACCACAGUCCGUAAACUACAGAGUUACCUGGAAACAUCUGGAACAUCCUGAGGAUACAACAACUGGAUGCAUCAAAAACUAUUGGGGUUUUUUUUUUGGUUGUGAUAUUUUUUUGUUGUUGUUUAUAAGAAAACACUCAGAAUGAUGCAACCAAAAGGGGAAAAAAAAUAAAAAUCAAACAACCUUCAGCUUUAUUUUUCUUUAAAGCCAGUCAUCAUCUCUUGAUAAAGGAGAGGUUAAGCAAACCAGCCUCAGCGGACCACUCUUCUCUCCAAGGACAUCCCCGGGAAGAGUUUGCCUGGAUAGCCUUGAAAACAAACAAAUCAAACACAACACAAGAAAACUUAAAGAAUGUGUAUGGUAUCAUGUAUCUCUCUCUGUGGCGGUUCAUCCCACAGGACGAAUGCAUAUUCAACACACUGCCUUAUUACAUAACUGACCUAUUUAUUAUCGCAUACAGAUAUCCUAAAGUCGUUGAGGGAAUGACACCACAAGACAUUACAAGUACUUGGUCCCGUGGGUGCUCUUUCAGUGCAGCGCCCUUGCCACCCCAAGCCCAGUGACCUUACUCGUAUACCGUGCCACUUUCCAGCAACUUUUUCCAACUCCUUUAACUCGUGGCGGUCUGUAUUUUCCACCUUUUGUUUUUCCAGUUCCAGGACACAAAGGAUCAACUUGGGGCGGGGGGGACCAAAUAACCACCCUGAUUUUCUUCUUUGUGGUCUUUUUCCUGAAAGUUGGGGCCCAGUCCUUGGCUGUAUCCAUACAAUGAUCUUGGACCAUGGUAGAAGAAGCACCAAAUAGGAUCAUGACUUGCUGUCUAGCCUUAGUCAAUAAACCUGUAGGACUUUUAAACAAAAGUGUACAUGUAAACGUCCCGCAUCCAGCCUUGUUGAGCUGUCAUAUCAACAUUUGUGUGUCUGUUUUACUGUUAUAAUAUUAGAGGGAUAUGGAAGUAAAGGCAUUCCACAGGUUCGUCAUUUUUAAAAGAGGAAUUCUGGUUCUGUUUUCUAAAGAAAUGUUGUAGAAAUUCUUAAUUUGGAUCUAUUUAUUAGUAAGAGUUUCGGCUUUCUUCAGCUGCCAGUGUGUUCUUCAUCUUUACCAUAAAACCUGGAAUAAGAGAUUUUUGUUUGUUCUCAUAUGAUCCCCUUAGACUCUUUUGUAUUUGGAAAAUUAAAAUCUUCCUUUGGGGGAAAUUCUUGGUUAUUCUGCCAUAACAGAUUAUGUAUGAACUUGUAGAUUCAGUGUUUUGAUACCUGUUUAGUCACUUGCUUAUGUUUCCAGAAGGAUUUCUUGUAUUGGUGAGAAUAAAGAUGGUUGGGGAGGGGGGAUAUUUUUGUUCUUGAUGUACCCUGUUUUGAAACUAGAAAUCUGUCCUGUGGCAUGCAAAAGAAAGCAAAUUAUUUUUAAAGAAAAAAAAAAAAAGUACUUUUGGUGUCAUUAUUCCAUCCUCUCCAUUCAUGGAGAAAUGCAAAGUGAGAACAGCUCAUCUUUCUAGAAACUAAUCUGGAAAGAAAAGAAAUACUUCUGGAUCCAAAGGUUCGCUCCCUAGCUCAGCCUUAAGAAAGUCCCUGUGUGCUAACAGACCAGUGUGUCCCUUGCUUAUUCCCAUGCCAGAUGCUGUCCUUUCAUCCAGAGAUUAACUGGUGUCUGUACAGAAAAUGGUCUUUCCAGACCCAUUCUUUUGGACAGUAAUGUAAAUGCAGGUGGAUGGAUAAUGGAGCUAUUUCUGCAUUUUAAAAAGGGGAUUUUUAAAUGUCGUUUCUUUCUAUCCAAAGGCGCUAUUUUUUCCUUUAAUAAGUAAUACAGCCAUGCUUCUUGGCAGUGACCUCUCUGAGGCAUCCUCUCUGGGGACAGUGUAUGUUUCCAACAAUGUUAUGAUUUUUGAUGUUUGGCGUGAGCCGUCCUUGAAGCAUUUGCUGUCUAGUCCACUCCUCAAUGUUUAGGAGAACCUCUGAGUUGUUGUAAACAUUAGAUGACUGACCAAUUACGUGGUUCUAGUUGUGUGUUUUUUGUUUGUUUGUUUGUUUGUUUUUUGUUUUUGUACCUCACAGGAAAAGGGGAGGGCAAUGCUUAUAUGGAAUUCUUUGCAAAAUUUACAACUCUCUUUAAAGUUUCUAACUGCUAGUCCACAUUUUCUAAUUAAGCCAGAAAUGUAUGUGGUUUAACUAACAUAUCUGUGUAGUUUAACCAGGAAUGUACAUAGGUAGUUGGGGCCAUUUUUAUUUUUGUAAUGAAAUUGUGUGGCAAAAACUAUGAUUUGGCAAUGUAAAUAUAUUUUUGUUCCUUAGGUUACUAACCAAAACACUAGGUAACAUAAAUGAUCAAACAAAAAAAGUUAAUAAGAAGAGACACUAUUACAGUGAUAAAAUUUAGAUGUAAAGUUUAGGUAAUAAAGCAAACAUCAUCGAGAUCUAAGUUUAUAAUUGAUAACAAAAUUCAGAAAAACCUAUCCACCAUCCACAACUCAUGGAGACAGCAAAAUGAGCUUUCUACGAAAUUCCAGUAGCACAAGAGUCACAUUGUUAACUUUUUAGAAGUUAGACUCUUGCUCUCAUCUAAUUUAUAAAUGCAGAAAUAAUAAAUCCCCUUUCAAUUAAUUUCAAAUAGUUAUACUUCUCUUCAAGUCACCCACUCACUGCUGCCACAUUUAUAUACACAUGCCUUUGAAACCUAUUAAAAAAUGUUUUUGGCACACGUGUAUCGUAACAGUGGCUUUAGUUUCUUAAGCACAAAAGAAAAAUGGCAGGGUUUAAUUUCAUUAUAUAUAUAUAUAUAUUUCAAAUAAUUGGGUGAGUGUGAAUGUGGUUUGAACCAGGCAGAAUAUGAUAAACUUACUUUAAAUUUCCCCCAGUAAUUUGAAGAGGGGGGGAUGUAUGCACAGGACUUUUCCCCUAAUAAAUUAGCUUUUGCCUCUGAUGUUGCAGCAGACUAUGUAUGAGAGUGGGUGUUUCUGUCAUGGCAGAUGGCAGUCAUGUCAGCAACAACAAUGUUUGCAGUGACUUUGUUUCUUUACCGUAAUCCACCUCUCUAUGUAGACAGCUAGGUAUGUCUAUAUGUGCUGCAUAUUGUGUCAAAGUAGGGAAGACCAUGAAAACGGAAUAUCAGGACACUGGAAGAAAAAAAAUCACAAGAGCGUGUCCUAAACCUUUUAAAAUUGCUAAGCAAAUCUCUCUAAUCUGAAUAAUUGUGCACUUUUUUUUGUGGAAAGAGCCAAUCCAUCUGGUUUUCUUCCACCAAAAAUGUUUCCGCAGAUACCUUCGACAGGCUCAGCUAAUCUUCAUAAAAGACAGUUCAGACCUGCAUACCAUUCGAAGCCCUAUACACGUUAACGAGUUAACAUACGUGUUUAAGAGAGACUUUAUUCUUCAAUGUUUUAACUCUGCCUACGUAACAGAGUUGGAGUUCAGUGUUGAAAAUGGUCAGUGUUUGUGUUGGUGGCUGGUGUUCACUUUUCUCACUGUGGAUGUGAUCCGCUCUGGAGUAGUUUUCUGUAUGCUCAUUACUGCCCCCCUUUAGCAUUGUGUGUGUUCAUGCGCUGCACUGCACACACACACACUUUUAUCAACUUGCUUGGACUGUUGCCCUAAAACUCUGACUGUGAUAUAGAGUCUACAGCUGCAAUGAAUGUCAAUCCCUGCGGUUUAGCCUUGGCUGGACGUCAGCAUCUUUUGACCUCUUGUUUUAUAUGAUGCUUUUUUAUCGUGUGGGCACUGCCAUCCCUGAAUAUUCCUUAUCAAGAUGCAUCGAAGAAGUCAGUUUAAGAGGACGACAAAGUCACCACUUUCUGUAAACUGUAAAUAUGUAUUUUGGCACUUUUAUUCCAGUAUUCUGAAAAUACAGUUAUGAUGGAAAUGCUGACAGAUCCCUAACGGUGGCCAGAGCUACCAUGCAGGGCAAAAAUAAAUUAAGUAAAAAUGGAUUCUUGAGAUUAAUAGUGCAAGGCCAAUACAUUUUGUAAAUCUGUCAGUAUCUUUUUUAAUAGAGUGUGUAUGUGUAGUAAGGUUGAAAGAUACCCUGUGUAUGUGUGUGUAGAUGCUGUUAUGUGAACCCCAAGGCAUUCAUAAGAUGUAUUUCCCAUUGCUAAAACCCAUGGUCAAAUGUACAUACAGAUGGGCAGAAAUAGGUGUUUUACUUAAAUUCAUAUCUAUUGUGGCUCCAGUUUCUUUAGAAUGUAGAGUCUUAGUGAUUUGUGAAGAGUCAUUUGACCGAAGUUUGGUUUUGCUUUGCGUACAGAAAAGUGGGCCUCUACCCUGUCUCAAGAAAGAUGCUGGAAGAGAGAGUGCAGAGACCAGACCAGUCAGGCACUGCCAGUGCUUGAAUCCCCGUGUCUGAGCACCUCGUUCUGUGUCCUAAAACCAGUAUGUUUUGUAAGUGCUGCAGAGCUGGGCAAAAAGUGGUGGCACACAUUCUUGGAAUAAAUCAGGUUCCUUGUGCCUGAUAUUUUUUCUUUUCCCCUGUUUACCUGGAAGGUUUUGUUCAUAAACUGAACAGCCUGCUGUUGCUGGACAGAGCCUGUCUGACGAAGGGUCCUGUGUUGACUUUAGCAGCAAGAAACGCUGCCUUAACUAGACAGGAAGGAGAAAAGCUACUUCAACAAAGAGAAUAGAAUACUUUGAGUUUGGCAGAUAACCAGGGAAUUGGAUGUAAGGCUCUUUUUAAUAAUAAAGAGACAUCAAAUUUGAGAAACUGUUAUCUUCAGGCUGACAGCAGUGGAGGAGAUAAGAGUGGACUGCCCUGUCUCUUAUCAGCUAGAACCUGACUUUAGGUGUGGACGCAUCAGUCCCAGAUGGGCUGGGCUGACAGUUAAGCUUCCUAACAACCAGGCUUGAAGUGGACUCAUCUCGUCCCUUGUUUCGGUGUAGAUAUUCUUUUGUUUAUUUUAAAAGAAUGGCCCUGCGUUUUCUCCAGCCUGGAGAAAGUCAAGAUGGGCAUCUGGGGCCUGUGGACGACUCGCGAUGUUGUGGGCCACAGUCUCUCCCAAUACCUUGGUCCCUCUGCCUCUCGGGACUGUGUUCCCACUUGGAUACGCAGUGGGCCCUGAAGCUUAACUGGGUCCUGACACCCACACCUGUCUGUUUGGUAAUUCAGGGACAGAGUGUCCAAAACCAAUGGUCUUGUUUGUUCUGAUUAGUGGGGCAACUAUGCGUAUUUUAUUGGUUUCCUUGCCCAGGACACCACCCAGAUAGAAUACCCUGAGCGUAUUUCAGGGCUCUGCUUCCUCUGCCAGGGGACAGUAUCCACACCUUCCUGUUGAUGUGGCCCCUUCUUUAGAGUCCAUGCCAGACUUUUCCAGAGGCCAUUAACUUGCCCUGGGCUGUCAGCCUCUUGGUCUUAAUUUCCCCCUCAUGAAAGAAGGGUAACCUAUACGGUACUUGAGGGUUAGGAAGGGAAGUACAUGGCACAAACUAAAAACCAGCCCAGUAAUUACAACCGUCUCAAUCGCUGUUAAAUAACAACAAAACUCUCCUACCACCAGAACGGAAGGCUCCUGGAGGCCACCGUGUGCUAACUCCCGGCCCUCGGCAGUCUCCCCAGAAUAGGUGGCCGCAGGAGGGGGAGAUAGGUGGUGAGUAAAGGCGCAGCUAUUUGCUCAUUUUCCCUUGGUAAUCAUGUCUCCCACCACAUGCAGCCCCCAGCACAGAGUUCUGAAGUUUCAAAAGAGUAGAACAGGAUAAAUCCAGGCCAUUAAAAGAAAAUAAUCAAAGCUAUUGAGAAGAUAAAACAAAUGAGUCUCACUAAAAAGGCCGUCUGUGCAAGUAAUAAGGUUGAAAUGCUGAUACUGAUUUCCUAGCUGCACAGCAUUCCUCACACAUGUGGUUUGUGUAUCCGCGUCCGGGUGGGUGGUCUGGUGAGAAGUGCUAAAUGCAGCAAGAUGGCUUAGUUUCUGAGCAGUGGAGGGAAGCUUUGGGACAGGCUCAGCCGUGGCAUCGAAGGCCCCUGCAACAUAAAGAGGCUUUCCUUUUGUUUUGUUCCAGGAGGGAAAGUUUUAACUUGGCUUAUUCAUUUAAAUAUGAGUCUCUGUUCUGCACAGAAUCAAUCCAAAGGGAGGAGUUGGUGUGUGUGUGUGCUCUCACAUGUAUUUUUUUUUCUAAAGCACCUCCUUGUCCCUCAUCCCCGCCCUAAGGGGUGGGAUGUAUGGCAUAGGAUGUAAUAACUCUCCAUUUGUUCUCAUUUAUUCCCCAGGUGCUAGGCAACUAUAAACAUCUCUUUGAAAGUGAUGUUGUUUUCAAUAACGCCUUAGAUACAACAGGAAAAACUCCUAAAAGCACAAAUUAUGAAUACAGUCCACAAACAAAAGCCAGAGGGAGACGGACUCCCCCCCAGAGGCACACAUAUACUAACCAGAAUGCUCAAUGAAGUCCAGUCAGUUCAAGGAGGGGAGAUUUGUUAAGGGAAUAUCUACUGCCCAGGAGACAUGGGGCCCAUUGAUGGCUUGUGACAGACAUGAAGCAUUGCCAACUCCUGUCUGAAGACGGGUUGCUGCUUCAUGAAUAUUCCUCAGAAUUGCGGGUUUUAUUUUGACUGUCAUUUGCUUGGGGGAUAGAUCAUCGCUUUCCACAUUUUAUUGAUCUGUUUACAGGUUUAUUGCCUGUCUGCCUCACUAGAGUGAAAGCCCAUGAGGACACGCACUGUAUCUUACUCACUGCUGACUCCCCAGGACCUAGAGCGCCCACGUUUGUCCAACAAAAAUGUGGGAGCGUUUUGUGGAACACUGCUCUCUUGACAUUUCAUUAAAGAUGAUUUUAUGUUUAAGUAAGUUUGGAAAAACUGCCUAGUAUAUGACCCUCUUGGAAAUUCAUGACGUGCUCCUGUGUGCAAUCUCUGUGAAACCAUAUGUUCUAACAACAACAACCAAACUUGCUUAAUUUUAUUUAAUGCAAUAUUUUCCAAGUUGUAUAUAACAUAAUGGUAGUUACACAAGAUGAUAACAGAUAUUUUGCUUUUAAGUUCCUUGAUCAAAGUAGUGUUUUUAGUAGAUUUCAUUCUUCAGGUUUGCAACGUAAGUUGGGACGCUACAGGUUCUGAGGAAGACUACAUAGCUAUUAAUAUGCCUGGAAACAGUUUUCUUGGUUAGGUGAUCACUUAACUUAUUGUCCAAACUAGGACAUUUUUAAGAAUGAAAUGGGACACUAUUAACUAUUCAAGGACAACAUACAUAAACCAGGGUUGUCUUUGGCAAACUGGGAUACGUGGUCACCCAUUUCCAAGGCACACAGUUUGGGAAAUGCUGAACUAAAAAUACAAUCUCAGAUUUCUCUGUCACUUAGGCAUGUGUAAAAGGUGUCUGAUUGGGCUCUUUAUGGUGACAGGUAGGAGCAGGCCCCUAGGACCCAGGGUGUACAGGAUUUCAAUGUUGCUGAAGAUCCUUCAUGGUUGAAGUGGUCCCCAGGCCACCCCUCCCUUCCCCACCGCUGUGCCAUGUUAGCCUAUCAUUUGAGUAAUGAAUAGGCCAGAAUAGACGGUCAGUUUUUCUACGAUAUAUGCAAGGAGGACCCACUCCUUAAAUCGGGUCCCUAGUCCCUGCCCUGCUCCCAGAGCCUACUGCAUGUUGAGGUUGGGUGGUUUCCCACACAGGAUACCUGACACCUUUGCUGGAGAUGCUACCUCUUCGUGGCCACCUGUGGAGCCACUCUGCCUGCGGCUGGAGCUGCCCACUCAGCAGGCUCUCACUGUUGGAGCACGUUCUGGAAUUUUGCUGCCCUCCUCUCUGUCUCCAGGACUGCUACCUGAUAUCCUUUAAUAUUUUGGUGGUUCCAAGUUGCGCAGGCGCAAUUCUUAGCACAAAACAAACAUUCAAAAACUGUUGAGUGAAUGGCUGUAAAUAAACCUCUUGGCUUGCAAAUGGGUUGCUA